AUGUCCCCAAAAACAAUCCAGCACACUUCUUUGCCCGAACCUUGCGGGGUCAAAUACGAUGAAUCCGAUAUGGCCCUGUUCCAUGCUAAGCUCUCUUACCACUCCACGAUCGAAGCCCGGAAGGCCUCGAGAGACAACAACCUUCUCUCUAUAUCCGAUCACCAAGCCCGGAUUAUCAAGCGCUGGGAGAUGUUAAAGCAGAUUGAGAAGGAGAUGACUGAAAAGGGGGGUGGCCUCUCGCCGGCCGAGAAGAGCCAACUGGCGCAAUACGAAUGGCGAUUCAAAACGCUAGAGGAGUUGGCAAAAACGUCGUGA